CUCUUUCCUCUGUCUUUUCUCUCCCACCCUCUCCUCUUCCUCUGUAACCCCAGCUCCCUCUCUCCUGUCUCGUCUCACACUGGCACAUUCUCCGGGAAGGGAGGCUGCUAUUUAUUAAAAAAAAGAAGGACAAAGGGAAACAAUCCAUUUGGGGGAACAGCGGAAGCACGAGAGUGCACUACAAAAUAGACUUCUGCAUCUUCACUCUCAAUCCUUACCUGGAGCUGUAACAGCCACUGGGGCUGCCGCAGAUGUUGCUGCUUGUCUACAGAACCCGGACUGUCCCAGUCACUCUCUGAUCUCCGCACAAGCGAAACUCUUGGAGCAGAAUACUUUUGGCCGGGGAAUUUGAUCUCUUCUUCUUCUCUCUAGUCGAAUUAAAACACAACCCAGUCUGAGAAUUAGCCGGCAGUUUGUGUCAAUGCUUGUUUCUGCCACUUUAAUGUGCCCGUGAAGAUCCUUCAGACUGGACUGAGCCCCAAACGGUGACAUCCAAAGGGUGCAAGUGAAUGAAUUUACCCAUGAGAGACCCAGUAAUUUCAGGGUCAGGCAUGGCUUACCAUCCAUUCCUAUCCCACAGGGCACCAGACUUUGCAAUGAGUGCUGUUCUUGGACACCAACCUCCCUUUUUUCCAACCCUGGCUCUGCCACCCAAUGGGGCUGCUCUUUCCCUUUCUAGUGCCCUGGCCAAGCCCAUCAUGGAUCAAUUAAUGGGUGCCGCAGAGACUGGCAUCCCCUUUUCAUCUUUGGGUCAUCAGGCAGCUGCUCAUUUGAGGCCUCUUAAAACCCUUGAACCAGAAGAAGAAGUUGAAGACGAUCCAAAAGUCCACCUGGAAGCCAAGGAUCUCUGGGAACAGUUCCACAAAAGGGGAACAGAGAUGGUCAUCACAAAAUCUGGGAGGAGAAUGUUUCCUCCAUUUAAAGUGAGGUGCUCUGGUCUGGACAAGAAAGCCAAAUACAUUCUACUGAUGGACAUUGUGGCUGCAGAUGACUGCAGGUACAAGUUCCAUAACUCCCGAUGGAUGGUGGCUGGAAAGGCAGACCCCGAAAUGCCCAAACGAAUGUAUAUCCACCCAGACAGCCCGGCCACUGGGGAGCAAUGGAUGUCCAAAGUAGUGAACUUCCAUAAACUCAAACUGACCAACAAUAUCUCGGAUAAACAUGGAUUUACUAUUUUAAACUCCAUGCACAAAUACCAACCCAGGUUCCACAUAGUGCGAGCUAAUGACAUUCUGAAAUUACCCUACAGCACAUUCAGAACUUAUGUGUUCCCUGAGACAGAAUUCAUUGCAGUGACUGCAUACCAGAAUGAUAAGAUCACUCAAUUAAAAAUUGAUAACAAUCCCUUUGCCAAAGGCUUUCGUGACACUGGGAAUGGCAGGAGAGAAAAGAGGAAACAGUUGGCCUUGCACUCCAUGCGACCUUAUGAUGAUCACCAGAAGAAGGAUAAUGGGAGUUCGGACGAGUCCUCUAGUGAACAAACUGCCUAUAAAUGUUUUGGCCAGACUUCUUCUCCAACCGCACCUGCAGUGGCCACCUCAUCCCUCAAAGGUGUGCCCCCCAGUGACGGGGAGAGUGACGAGGAGAGUAGGGAUGAGGGAGGACCGGACACAGGCGAAUCUGCCAAGAUCUCCACAACAACCAGUGAGGAUUGCAGGGAGUUGGCCAGUCCCCCCAGGGCCCCGCUUUUCCCAUCAGAUGUGGGCAGCAGCAGCGGCAGGAGCAAGGAGCAGAGCGGCAGGACAGGAAAAAGUUCCCCGGACUCCCGGCACAGCCCAGGCCACAUCACCUCCAGCAGCAGCAGCAGGAUCCUGAGCAUCGACCAUUUGAAAAGCCCAACCAGAGACUCCCAUAAAACAGAGGAGCCCCAGCGCUCCAAGGAACGUUACCCCCCUCUCACUGUGCAAACAGACAGUAGCGCCCACCAGCUCAGCCAGGGCCAUCUGCACAACCUUGGCUUCCCCCCAGGACUAACUGGGCAGCAGUUCUUUAACCCUCUGGGCGCCUCACACCCUCUACUCCUGCACCCAAGUCACUUUGCAAUGGGAGGGGCUUUUUCCAAUAUGGCCGCUGGCAUGAACCCACUUCUGGCCUCAGUUUCAGGAGCAUCACCUGGGAUCAACAGCAUAGACUCUACCGUCAUGGCAUCUUCCUCUCAAGGGCUGGCGGGAUCAUCUGCACUGCCUUUCCACCUGCAGCAGCAAGUCCUGGCCUCUCAGGGCCUGGCAAUGUCUCCCUUCGGAGGGCUUUUCUCCUACCCUUACACGUACAUGGCUGCGGCUGCUGCAGCCUCCUCUGCUGUGCACAGACACCCUUUUCUUAACGCCAUGCGCCCCAGGCUCAGGUACAACCCGUACUCUUUCCCUAUGCCCUUUGCAGAAAGCAACAGCCUCCUCACCACUGCCCUGCACUCUCUGCCCAACGGCGCGCUGGAUGGCAAAGCCAGUCUCCUCUCCAGUCCGGCCGCUACUGCUCUGGACAAUGAACUGACCAGCAGAUCCUCCACCCUGUCUUCUGGCUCCGUCUCUUUAUCCCCAAAGCUGUGCCCAGAGAAGGAAGCAAGCAGUGAGCUCCAAAAUAUUCAGCGGCUAGUGAGCGGGCUGGAUUCUAAGCAGGAGCUGUCAAGGAGCGGUUCCCCUGAUUGAGCCCAGGCAUCACUAACAAGCCAGUCCUGAUGGUCUUAUUCCAGUUCCAGACUGACAGUGCACUUUGUGUUGGGCACAGGAAGCCCCUUCCUAUCCUUGACUUGCUACAAGCGGGGAUCUACAAGGGUUUUCAUGGACUGCAAACAUGGGGGAGAAGUUUGGACCCUUGCAAGCUGCUAUUAGGAUCAUAUAUAUACCACUACACAGCCUAUCAGGCUCUGAGAACAGAUUAGGGGUCUGCAAGUGUACAACGCCUCUGUUUAUCAGUGCCAAACACCCUGGCAGCCUGGUCCUCCCAAGCUGCUGCUGAACUACAUUCCAUACCCCCUACCCACCCACACAAAAGCCUCCUGUGAAUUCUGAGAGUUGUAGUUGAGCAGCAGCUGGAGAUGGAAAGGCUAAUGAUCUCUGGUGGUAUAAACCAUCAUUUUCUUGCAAAAUUAAACUUGAAAGUCUUUUAGAGUUAAAACAUUUGAUAAAGGGCAAGAAAAGGGACAAGGAUGCAUUGCUGAAUAUAUUUUUCCUAGGCCUUCUGCUUCUGCAUGCAAACAAAUCCUUCCCUGUUAGCUCUGCAAUGCCUGCUUAAUAUCAUGGCACCAACAUGGAGCUCUCCUCUCCAUACCAAUCCCAUGGAAACAUGAUUACGCAUUUAGUUAAUGGGAUAUCCCAACUGAUUAUUGGCUAGAUCCACUCCUCAAAUAGGCAACAAGUCAAGAACAUAGAGCAAACAAGCGCAAAAGGGAGGAUGAUAUUAAAAAAAAAGUAUUUAUGUAAUUAUUUGAUAUCUUAUGUAAAUAAAACCAAAAUACUGAAUAUUAAAAUUUAAUUUAUUUAUAAUGUAUAUAUUCAUGUAAAUAAGGCUCUUAUUUUUAGUGUGUGUCAAACCGAUUUGGUGCCAAAAGCUGUUUCUAUUACUAUUAGUUUGUUUUUUUUCAUUGAACUAUAAAAACAAUUCUGGCCUGGCUGUUAUGCCAACCGCUGUGGCUUCAUCAUAUAUAUAUAUAUAUAUAUAUAUAUAUAUAUAUAUAUAUAUAUAUAUAUAUAUAUAUAUAUAUAUAUAUAUAUAUAUGUUUUUUAUUUGCAUUAAUGAAACCAUGGGAAAAAUAAACAUAUAAAGGUCACACAAAUUCAUAGUGUUGGCAGGUUGAACAGGGUGAAACACUUUUCCCAUCCAAUGCCCAGAAGCUGAAUUUGCCCAAGAACUAACAGUCAGUUUACUCAAUAAAUAAUUGUUUGAUCCCAGAGUCUCCAUCCAAAUAUCUCAGUUCUGCACUGCGGGGUUUCACAAGGAAACCCGACUCUGUUUAUAAAUACCUCUGUCUUUGGUUAAAUCUAGUUGUUGUUAUCUGAACAGUUGAACUCCUGGCUGUGUCAGUAAUAAUAUAUGAAGGUCUAAAUAUCUUUCUCUAUGUAUGAUGUCAUGAAUGUUCGAUAGAACGUUUCUUCUUGUAUUUUUUGUUUGUUUCCAAAGUCUACGAGUUUCAAUAAAUUUUUUUUUUUUUU